GCAUUUUGGAUUUGUGUUAUAUUUCAAUUCUUGUUUUAAUUUAAAUAUUAAAAUGCCCGGAAUUGGCAUCGUAACAUCAGAAACAUUACACACAUCUAACAUUUGAUAGUGGUUGAAGGUGUGUUAAAAGGAAUUAACAAAAUGAUCACUUAAGACUAUAAGCUUGUUGAUAGUCAUUAUAAAAUCAAAAGAUUAAGCGUGUUAUUUUAUCUCUUAAGGGUGCUUCUAAUAAGAAAAAUAGAAUGAUAUUGACCACAAAGUUUGAAUUUUGUGUUUAUUUAUAAUGUAAACUAAAAUGCAGGGUUCUUAUGGUAACCCACAUUAAUUUAAUCGUAUGGGUUUUGUUUAGCUUGUCGUCCAACUUUGAAUAGAAAAAAUGAUAGAAAACUUCUACAUUUCUAAAUUUUUAAGAAAUUGUGUUUCGACAAAACUAUUACAAAUACAUACAUCAAUACAUAUAAAAUUUUAUACAUAUAAAAAUGACGUUAAACCUUUAUGUAAAAUAAGGUAUCUUUCCAAAAAAUAACACAGAAAUGAACGGUUUAUAGACAAUCGAGCAUGUAAACCUCGGGCAUGUGUCAAUUUCAUUAAAAAAGUUUAAUUGAAUCAUCACUUCCGCGAUUGUUGGAAGUAACAUGUACAAACAAACUAUGUAAGUCUGGGAAAGGAUAACAUUUUUUAAAAAUAGGACAUUUUAUACAUUAUCAAACAGGAAUUUUGUAGCCCUCAAGGGUACCAUUGCCAAACGAAAUUCACACAAGUAACAUAUAUAAAAGUGUUUGUCGAUCAAAAUGAAGGUCGAAUUAUGAGAGACAUUAAUCCACACGUGAGCCAUGUGAUUGCAAAGUAGGACAAAAGCUGUAUAUUGCUAAAUAUAAAUAUUGCUCUAGUACUUGUUUAACCAUCAACAUGGCCAGCAGUACAGACGCGGAUAUUCUACUGUCAGAGCAACAUUCGAAGCAACUACUCCCCAACACGGUGUUGGACCUGAUUGCAGGAGCAUUUGGUUUCUUUGGAAACGGCAUUGUCCUUCUGAUGUACACCAGGUACAUAACCGAUAAAAGCGGCACAAGGUACUUCAUCCCGAUCCUGGCUCUAGUGGACCUCAUAGGAUGUGUAUCGAGUGUGAGCAGUUUUCACUUAGACAACACGAUGAGAUACGUCUAUCCGAGCGAAAACCUCUGCAAAUCCCUAUUUUUCCUGAUUAUCGUGUCCGGCGGGUUUUCCGCUCAUCUGAUUUUUGCUAUCGCAUUGCAGCGAUAUCUGAUAAUUUGCCGCCCUUUUGGUCAGCAGAUGACUCAAAGGUACCGCAGAAUUGCAGUUUUGGCUAUUUUUCUUUUCUCGCUUGGAUAUGCGGCCCCAUUGCUGAAGUUUGCUGGGUUGAAAGAGACUGGAAAACGAUAUACCGAAGGGAAUGACACACAGAAAAUCUCAGUAUCUUUCUGCUAUUUUGACGGUGGUUCAUACGGAUCUCGAGUGAUGCUACCGUACUUUGGAACGCUUCUUCUGCUUUCGUUCAUCAAUAUCAUAGCGACUUCUGGAUUAUACAUUCCCGUGACCAAAACCAUUUAUAAAACAUUAUCGCCAUUUAAUGGAGCUGCCUAUAGGGUAAACAAUUUACAAGACGAAGAAACCCGCGUUACCUCCACAGAUGAUCAUAGUUCAAGUUUUGAACAAGCCAAAAUAACGGAAAUUCCUCGACAGGAUUUGACUAAGAGGACAAAUUGCUCUGAGCCACAACCAACUGCUUGCCGAGAAUCUAACCAUAAACAACAGACUCGCAGAAAACUUAGCAUUAUGUUUCUGCUAAUCAUUGUUGUCUACGUAGUUUCGUACCUGACGUCAUUGAUUACACAAAUCCACACAUUUGUGACUGGAAUACGUUUAACGGGAUACCGACUAAAUAUCAAUUUCUUCUUUCUGCGUUUUAAUCUUCUAAAUCAUAUCGCAAACCCGUACAUCUAUUGGUUUUACGAUGUCAAGUUUAGGGGAGAACUUAAGAAACUAUGUUGUAGGAGACUACAAAAAAACUCUUUCGACCUUUAAAGAAAACAUACUUUUGAAAAGAAAAAAAAUGAAAGUCAGCGUUUCCAAAUGACUAUCCAUUUGUAAUUCGAUGACAUUGACAUUUUGAUGUAACCGACUGACAGCGAAAUUGUCUUAGUCUUCUUCCUCUGAAGAUAUAAUGAUACGUUAUAUAUAUAACCCCGUUGGAUAUUUUGACAUAACUUUGAUGAUGGGGAACAAUAUUAUUUUAAGAAGUUCGUUUCGAAUUACAUUACUCUGUUUGAUUCAUUAUCUAAUUUAAAGCUUAGGUUUGUCGCACUGUAAAUCGAAUUCAUUUUUUUUUAUAACUAUCAAUGGGUGAUUUGUAAUUGUCUGGUUUAUAGAUUCAAAAAUAAAAAUAAAAAUUGAAACCCACUGUUUGAUUGGCUGGAAAAUUUGUUUAUAUCGUAUAAAGAAUGUUGCCUAAGUCACAGUAAGACUGACGUCAAAAGCGUAUCAAUAAGCUUGCUUCAUGUUUGAAUUUUACAAUUUGAUGUUUUUUGAGAUGAAAUGACUAAUUCCUGUCUUUAAUUAAUAGCAGGAAAUUGAAUUUAAGUAGAAAUAAACUAGCCACCCAAUUCAUACUCAUAUACACUUGACUGGAACAGUAUAGACCUUUUUUAUCAAGUGCUGUGAACUGUCCUAACCCAUUGCAUCCUUGUUCAUAAAUUGGUUAGUUACUAAAUCCAUUUUGUAAAGAAAAAAAAUCCAUUAGAAAUAGUGGGUUAAAUCUGAAUGAAGUUGUUGCGACAUAAGUGCAGUUAAAGUGUUUGCCUCCUAAUAUACUUAGAUGUACACUGUAAUAUGACACGAGCUGUCGGAAAUAGAUUACGUGUCACGUUUGUAUUUUUCUGCCCCACGUUGGGAGCCAAAUGUAACUGGUGCUAAAAAUUCCUUCCCGCAUCAAUCGGGACUCGAACCCAGGGAAUCUUAAGUACCGUGCCAGUGAUCUAACCACGGAUCUAUUGAGACCAGAUAUAUUGACCGACUUUCACACUUGUUAACACUUGUUCUGU